UAAAAGACUAAAACCGGAAGUGUAAUGGCUGCCAGUUAAACUGAAUUCUUCCUGGUCUGUUGCUGCUGUCAGGACACUGAACUGAGGCUAAAACAACCAUAAAGUGACAGAGUUGAGUGUUUAGGAUGAGUGAGGAAUAUUACCUGGAGCUUUGCGAGAACCCGGUACAGUUUGAACAUGCCUCCAGCGUCAACAACGUCUUCUUCGACGAGGCUAACAAGCAGGUGUUUGCUGUGCGUUCAGGUGGAGCUACAGGGGUGGUGGUCAAAGGCCCGGAUGACAAGAGCAACGUCGCCUUCAGAAUGGAAGAUAAAGGUGAAGUGAAGUGCAUCAAGUUCUCCAUUGGAAAUAAGAUCUUGGCAGUUCAAAGAACUUCAAAAUCUGUGGAUUUCAUCAACUUCAUACCUGACUAUCCACACACAGAGUUCACCCAGGAAUGCAAGACAAAAAACGCUAAUGUUUUGGGUUUCUGUUGGACCAACUGGAAUGAGAUUGUCUUCAUCACCGACCAGGGAAUAGAGUUCUACCAGGUGUUUCCAGACAAGCGUACUCUGAAGCUGCUGAAGAGUCAGAGCAUUAAUGUGAACUGGUACCAGUACUGUCCAGAGACGGCCGUCAUCCUGCUGUCCACCACUGUGCAGGGCAACAUCCUGCAGCCCUUCGCAUUCAGGAAUGGGACCAUGUCCAAGAUGUCCAAAUUUGAGAUAGAGUUGCCGAUCGUCCCCAAACCUGCCAAACUUAGUCUGUCGGAGAGAGACAUUGCCAUGGCAACCAUUUAUGGUCAGCUGUUUGUCAUGUAUCUGAAGCAUCACUCAAGAACUGCCAACAGUCCCAGUGCAGAAGUGGUGCUGUAUCACUUAUCAAGGGAGGGUGUGUGUAAGAAGAGUCACGUGUUGAAGCUGAACACAACGGGGAAGUUUGCUCUGAACAUCGUGGACAACCUGGUGGUGGUUCAUCACCAGAGCUCCCAGACCUCUCUAAUAUAUGACAUCAAGCUAAAGGAGCCAGAUGGCACUCUAAACACACACCAACCGGUCCUACCUGGCAGGUCCAUACACCCCUACAGAAUACCGCUGUCAGGCCCAGCAGUUGUUCCCUCUCAGCCUCCAGUUCCAUGUCAGCUCUACUCUUCCUCCUGGAGUGUCUUCCAACCCGACAUCAUCAUCAGUGCCAGUGAAGGUUACCUGUGGUACUUGCAGGUGAAGUUGCCUCCAACUGUCAACCUGCUGCAAGACAAAGGCAAACUGAUGGACUUCCUGUUACGCCGGAAAGACUGCAAGAUGGUCAUCCUGUCUGUCUGCUCACAGAUUCUGGAGGGCGGGGAGAAGGGAAGUCUUCCUGUCGUGGCAACCGUCUUUGACAAACUCAACCAGGUGUAUAAAGAAUACCUGGAGGCAGAGCAGAGCUACACUGUGGCGAUGGAGUCUGGCCCGAGUCGAGGCAGCGCGGCCCAGAAGCGUCCAGUCAGAACUCAGGCAGUCGUUGACCAAUCAGACAUGUACACACACGUCCUGUCAUCUUUCACAGAGAGGAAGGGUGUCUGCCAUAAAUUCAUCAUUGCAGUGCUGAUGGAGUACAUCCGCUCUCUGAACCAGUUCCAGAUCACCGUGCAGCACUACCUGUAUGAGUUGGUGAUUAAGACAUUAGUUCAACACAACCUCUUCUACAUGCUGCACCAGUUCCUGCAGUAUCACGUCCUCAGCGACUCCAAACCGCUGGCCUGUUUGCUUCUCUCCCUGGAGAGUACGUAUCCUCCUGCACACCAGCUGUCCCUGGAUAUGUUAAAGCGUCUCUCCACUGCCAACGAUGAAAUCGUCGAGGUUCUGCUGUCCAAGCAGCAGGUUCUGGGCGCGCUCAGAUUCAUUCGCAGUGUUGGCGGACAUGAUAAUGUGUCAGCCAGGAAGUUUCUGGAUGCAGCGCAGCAGACCGGAGACCAGAUGUUGUUCUACACCGUGUUCAGGUCAUUCCAGCAGAGAAACCAGCGGCUCAGAGGAAGCCCCAGCUUCAACCCCGGAGAGCACUGCGAGGAGCAUGUGGUUCACUUCAAGCAGCUGUUUGGGGAUCAGGCUCUGAUGAAACCCUCCACUGUGUGAACUGCUGGCAUCAGAACUCAGACUCUAAACUGGUUCACAGCAGACUGACUGGACUGAGUCUUCAUCAGUUUGAACUCCAGGAAUUUCAGACCUGAUUGAGUGACAAAAUGGACACUCGUUUCCCAUUAAUAUAACUUCUAUUAAACUGCUGAUGUUUGCACAACUAAACAUCAUGUCCUGGUUUCAGAACCCCCUGCAUGCACUGUGGUAUGCCAGCACCUGGUCCAGGUUUGUGGUCUCAUCUGCUGUUUGUAGGUUUGUCUCCUUGACUUGAGGCACGCAGGAAUAACUAAAGCAUACAAUAAUAAAGUCUGGUGUGAACACUUUUAAGAUAUUUGAGUUAGGAAAAUCUGAUUUUGAAGCAUCAGCCUGUAACAUAAAUUAACAUCUUGAUAAGGAUCCUGUAUUCCAACUGAUAUCUGUGCUAAUGCUAUCAACCAGCUCAUUUACCUGUUGUGCUUUCAUUGGUAAAGGUUUUUAGAGCUGCACCUGAGGGUCAGGAUAUUUUUCAUUCUAAGCAGAAUAUUCCUGUGAAUACAGAACAAAAAUAUCAUAAAAUUACAAUCAAGUCUAUGAUUAAUUAUCUGCAGUUUUAUGGUUAAUGCAGUCAGACAGUUCUCACUUGUUUAAUCACGAUAAAGAAUCAAAAUUACUAAAUAUUAAAAGCUAUUUUUCUAAAUAUUAUGACUUAAAUUUAAAAAUGUGAUUACUGAUCUGCUGUGUGUCCUGCUGCUUUUUUUGUGUUUGUGUAGUCAGCGAUGUACCCGCACAAGUUAUCAAAAACGUGGAGAAUGUAAAACGAGGGGACAAAACAUCAGCUUGCUUUGGUCCUUAGACACAUCAUGAAUCAGAAUAUGAACAAAACCAGGAAAAAAAACUCACCACUUGGAUAAGAUGAACAUACCAUUCCUGUCUGAAGAUUAUGUAGCCAAUGUAACAUGAAGGAGGUUACAGUAAAUCUAAUGUGUUUAUUUAGUCAAGAAUGAAUUGUUAUGUACAAAACUGAACUGUAUCAACUCUCAAAUGACACUAUAAAUAUAUAGGGUGUCUAUGUUAUAAAUGUACCUGUUUUCAUGGCCUUCUGUACAGCUAAUAAAAGCUUACACUAUAAGUG